GCUGGCUGGUUGAAGAAGUUUACAAUUGAGUGGCUGUUUUAUACAUCUUCAUGCCUAUUGGGCACAAAAAGAAACAAAAAUAGAUUGAAAACAUUAUCCACGUUCAGCGGUCAUUUAAGACAUACAUUUCUAUGCACCAACAAUGAUAUUGAGUCAUUAAACGCACUCUGCAGCCGCCUUGACGUAUCAAUUGUCAAACUGGCUGCCUAGCCAUUGUGCAUCGCCAGCAUAAAGUUUUCGACAAACACACACUGUUGUGCGCAAUUCCUUAUGGAAAUUACCGAAAAUUAAUCCGAUUUCUGUUCCAAAUCCAUGAACAAGUGAAUCAAACGAAAGGAAAUUCCGACUACAUUAGAAAAGUAUCGAAGAGACAAAAAUUCGAACAGUUUGCAUCAUGGAAAAUACACAAAAUACAUCAUACGACACACCACUCGAUCACGCUGAAAAAAUGACUGAAGAAGAGUUAAAAUUGUUGAUCCAAGCUUUCAAACGCAUUGAGAUGAAGUACCGAAAAUUUGGAGCUCCUUUGUCCAUCAACAAAGAUGAUGCUGACUCAGCACUAAAAACAGUCGGUUUGACAGGCAUCGCCGAGAAACUUGACACCUAUGUCACAUUUGAGGAUUUUCUGCGCGAUAUUAAGAUUUUAACUCAAGUCUAUUCGCAGCAUUACGAAGAUGAGCAAAGUAUGGUGCAGGAGGCCAAAGAAUUGAAGAGAGAAUGCGCACACGAUGUCAAGUCAAUUCGACUGUGUAACGAAUGCUUCGACAACUGGAUGAAAGAUCGCAACGGUUAUUUCGUGAAAGUCUGCGCUAAGCCACACUUGUUGGUCAUGGCGAAAUAUGAUUGUCACCCAUAUUGGCCUGCGAAGGUGAUGUCGGUGUUUGGUGAUAAGGUCAACAUCGAAUUUUUUGGCGAUCACACACAAGCAGAUGUGUCCGAUUCGAAUUGUUACUUGUAUCGCAAGCCGAAAAAGUCAGCGAAUGCGGAUUUGAAUGAAGCUGUUAAUGAAGCUGAAGAGCAUAUCAGAAACGUUAAAGAAAAGUUCGGUUCAUUUGUUCCAGCACAAAAGACUCGCACCAACUUUUAUGCUGGGAAUCUAAAUGUUCACUUGCAAACCAUGUUCCCAGAUGUCUACGCAUCAACAGCCAAUGAUCGUUCAGAACGCUUGUCAUCGACUGAAUCGCAGGAAAACAACGUCACAUUGACUGAUGAUCAUGCUAGUACAUUGGAUAUGCCAUCACUUGAAACGCCAACCUCUCCAGUUGAAUCGAGUCGAAAGCGCCGCGGAAGCAGUGCUGAGGGUUCAGUUGAAGCCAUACCGCGCAAAAUGAGCAUUGAAGUGAUUUCCUCUGAAGGUGAUCGAAAUGAGGAAGAAGAAGAAGAGGCCGCAAGUCCUGCAUUCUCUCCGCUUUUGCGACGGGCACUACCCAAAGGUGAGAAAAUACGCCGAUUGGAAAUCGAACUGAAAGUGGUGAACGAACAGCUGGCCCAGGCUAAGGCACAAAUCCGCGAGCAGGCGCAAGAAAUGAAGAAACAACCGGAGGUGAACGAACAACUGGUCCAGGCUAAGGCACAAAUCCGCGAGCAGGCGCAAGAAAUGAAGGAACAAGCGAAGCAAAUUUUGCAUCUCAAAGAGCAAGUUGUCGAAAUGGGAAAUGGACCAGAAUGUGUCAACUGUGGAACUGUUCCAAAAACUUUGUUCUUCUGCAGCCCAGAGUGCGAGAAGGACUACAAACAAGAUUUCGUCGCGAUGUCAGACUCAGAUUAGAGAAAACCGGUGCCGUACUUUAUCGAACAAGUAUGAUCGACUUUUGAAUAUUAGAAAAGUUACCAUUGUUCACGUGACUAAUUCAAUUGAACGUUUUUACGUCUAUAAAUUCAAGAUUGAUUGUAAUAGAACCGAAUUUUAUCUAUUUUAACAUUAGCCACAAUAGAACGAGUCGAAAUUGUGUCUAGAGACACAUGGAAUAAAGCCAAUCGAGGCAACAUCUUUGUAAAGAUUCAAAGAAUUUAGAUUCAAUUUGAUUCAUUGAAGACUGUCUCAAGACAAUUCAUCGAAUUCUAGAUCAACUUCAGAUUUUUUUUACAAAAAGAUAAUAAUAGACCUAUGCCAACAAUCAAAUGAAUGAUUGAUCAAUUUUACAAUUUUCAAUAAAAACCAAUAAAAUUUUGACUUCAAA